GCAAGUGCAGGGCAUAGGUAUCAGGAUGGACUGUGCGCCGUUGGUGAUGCCGCAGUUUGAGCCGCUGUUGGCGGAUGCGAACCACAUGAGCUAUCAGAACACAGUGGCAGUCCACAACGAUGACGACAGUUGGUGUUUGGGCUUCAUUCAGGAUAUGGACGGCGACCGGGCUUUCAUCCAUUUUGACUCCAAAAAGGUCACCGCCCGUUGGGUGCACCUGGGGCGCGUCUGGGCGUUGCCAUUCUAUGCAAACACCUGCUCCCUUCAGGAUCCACCUGAUAUGCCCAUCUACGCGGCGCUGCGUGACGAAGAUGAUGGACCGUUUCGCUUCCGGCCGGUGAUCGACCUGGGAAGACUGCGCGGAUGCGACAAGUGUGAAUUGUUCUGCAUCCAAACAAACAUUGCCGGCAGCAACAGCCAACAAAACCCCGCUGGUUGGGAUAUCGUUCAAAACUGCCAGAUUACCAAACAGCUGCCGCCCGCUGGUGCCCCGUUACUGGAUCGCUCGAGCAGCGGUCUGCGGUACACCAAGUACAUGGUGCCGUUUCCCCCAGCCGAGGCCAUUUUCAGUGACGCCUCGGACAAAUUUCGCAUCAUUAAGCAUUUUCGUAAUGCCUUUGAACGGAACAGGGCGUUCCUGCCCAUGUGGGACUGUUGUCGCUUUCACCUGCGAGCUGAACGCGAUGGUUGCACGUUUGUCGUCAUGAGUCCCGUCUUAGACGCGGAAAUGGAUCAACACAUGGGGGUGGCGUUGACGCGAGUGUUGGAGACUCACCUAGACAGCCGGGUUCAUUUGCCAGCAAUUAGGCUGCGAAAUACUCACGUAAUUGAAAACUGCCUGCCGGAAACAGAUGCAGAAUCCCCUUCGUUCUGCACGGUCGCUCGCCUGAGUCACCUGCCGCCGUCGAUCCUCAGCGAGAUCUUCCCCUACAUGGACCUACAUUCACAAAUGCGGGCUAAACGAGUGUGCGGGUUGUGGCAGUUGCUACUGGACAGUCCCCGUCUAGCCGAACACAUCAGUGUCUCACUGGAGAGCUGCGCCGGAAUUCAGUCCGAUAACAACAACUGCUUCCGCAUGGCAUCGCUCUUGGCCCGCUCCAUCCGUUCCACGACCGCCAGUAUCACCGUGUUGGACGCUUUCCGUCCACACAACCAACUAUUUCUUGCUGCCACGUUGGAAGCCAUAAAUAUCACGCUGCCGUUAAUUGUUUUCAAAGACCAUAUUAUCACGGAUCCCGGGAAGAUGGGCUCCAUAGAAGCAGCGGACUUGCAGCAUCCUGCAGCUGAUAUUAUGACACUAUAUAGGCACCAUUGCAAGCUAAUCCUCCUCCAUAACUGGAAAAUUGACCAUCUGUUUGGCCAAACAAUGUGCUUUGUGUUUAAACAGAAGAUAAUGUACCAGUUCGGCACCGGGCAUCCCCUGCCAGCCCAUGAGCAAGCAUUCAUGAGGCCCAUAACUAAGCAAUCUCAUGAACUCCCCAUCGACCACCUGCGCAUCACCAUUCCCCGUAAGCUGCUGCGCUGCGACGACGACGACAUGGACAUGACCAGCCGCAUCAUGUGCGCCUUAAAUGACAACUUCCCGCCGGUCACGGAGGAAAUGCUCGAAAGGGUAACGGCUGUGUACGCUCGCUGGCUGCGCACCCUAAAUUAUCCCGACGAUUGGCAGCCCAUUCGCAAUUAUCUCUUACUGUUCAGCCCGUUCGAGCCCGACGGCCAGCCAAAAUCGUGGGAGGGGGUCGAUUUGCGGGCGGUGGAUGUCACUACGCUAAGCAGAAUGGCUAUCUACGGAAUCGACGCACUAUUUCAAGUGUGACCAUUUCGGUCCUUCAGUCACUCCCUCUGCACCGCGGCCAGCUCUCGCCUUAAACGAAAUCAUAAAUACUUACAUCAAGAUCACAGUGGAGAAAUCAACAUCACGAUUGGAGGCUUAACGACCGAUAACCGACAUUCUAAUCUUCAUGUAGGAG